AUGCAGUUCUUUGAUGGCUUCAUGCAGUGUUUGGUUCAUGUUGUUUCGAUUUCUCUCCAGGCGGACAAACUGCUGAAAGCACUGAAGCAACACUUUAACGGAGCAAAACAAGAAAACGAAAAUAUGGACUCUGAAAAAUGUGCAUCUGCUUCCAUCGAAUCGGAUGAACCGAGUAAACAGGAGGAAAUUACGCUUGAUUCAGUACAUUUCAUUACAAAAAGACAUGGUAAAGAAAAUAAAAUAACCAGAAAAAAGAAUUCCAAUGAGGAAACUAAUGCCAGUGGAGAAAACACAGGGCUUUCUGAUGAGAAAGAGGAGCAUUCUGAAAUGAAAGAAAAUGAAGUGCCUCUGGGCGAGCAUGAAAAGGGACAGAAGACGUUCCAAAAAGAGGAACAAGCAACUAAAAAGAGAGCUACUGAGAAUCCAAGGAUAGGUACUGAUCAGAGAGAACAACCAGGAAAGACUUCUACUAAAAGCAGGGGAGGUGAAUGUGAUGCUCAUCUUGCAGGAGGGAAGAUCCCUGUAUACGUAGGCCAUGCAUCUAGGACUCAGAAAACAGGAACGAAAGCUACUACACCAAACUUUAAAAAGUUGCAUGAGGCUCACUUCAAGAAAAUGGAAUCUAUUGCUGACUACAUAGAGAGGAAGAAAAAAAUGACUGAGAACUGCAGCAGCGAAGUCAAGAAACAAAUCAGCGGCAAAACAUUUUUAUUCAGCCCAAAUCCAGAAAGAGGCAGAUUCUCCACCACCUGCACUCCUAGUAACCUCCAACGCUCACCAUACGGUUCUCUGAACACUGCCAGUCAGAGUAUUUUAUCUAGGAAAUCUUCAUUUAAUCCUUCUGUCCUUUCAACAACCAAAAUGAACGUCAGGUUCUCAGAAGCCACAAAAGAUAAUGAGCAUAAACGCUCGCUUACCAAGACUCCAUCGAGAAUGUCUCCGUACUUGAAGGUCUGCAUACCUGACAGCCAGAAGAGCUGCAAACUAGCAAGUUGGAAAAACAGCAAGGGAAACGCAACAGAGAAUGAUCUGACUGCAUCAAAGGUUAUCACCCCCUUCAAGUUCGCAGCUCACUCUGUAGAACCCACAAGCACAAAGAAGACGUUUGAUCUCAAAGCAAGUCUCUCAAGGCCGCUUCGGUAUCAGCCACACAAAGGACGACUAAAACCUUGGGGAGAAUUUAAAGAAAAUACCGUCCUAAAUAAGUCUGUCGGUAGCAGCAUCUCUUCACGCAAGACAGAUUACAAACAGCCGCAUCUCCAGACAAGGGAAGAAAGGCGUGACAAACACAAGCAAGAGAGAAAGAAGAAAAAGGCACAGGCUCUCGGAAACUGUAGAGGAAUAUCUGUGGGUUAG